CUCUUUGUUUGUUCUUCGAAUUAUUUUUUCUGAUUUUUGCCGUUGCUGCCUGUUCUUUUCUUUUUUCCGCUCUUCGAUCGUGUGAGCUAAUGUAUUGCUGUGGUAUUUUUGUCUACAAAAUGUGUCGCGUUUUGAUUUUUAUUACACUGGAACCUAUUUCUUUCGUUUCUGGAGAUUUCAUUUGCCUUAUGGAGUUUCUGGUGACUGUUUCGGUUUUAUACGAUUGAAGUUUUCGAUGUUUUUGUGGAACAGCUUGAUUCUAGCUUUUAUCUUAAAAUACUGAGCUGUUCCAAUAUUUAGAUGUAUCUGACGGUAACGCGAUGUACUAUUGCUUAUGUGAAUUGUGACUGAUAACGCUGAAAUUCUACAAAAACAGACGUGUUAAAAUUUAUCAUGAAUUUAGAUUCUAGUUAGACAUCUGAUCGAAUGGCACGUUUGGUGGUGCUGAUGUAAAUGAAUACCAAUUAAUCUUGCGCAAUAUAAACUCCAACUGUUGUUAUAUGCGGGAAAUAACAUCGUAGAUGAAGAAUAGACGAGUGUUUUAAAAGGUGUAGGCAUCGAAUGCCAUCUUCGUAAAGAGUUUGCUACAUCAUACCCUGAAAAUAUCAUGUAUGACAUACUAGAAAACAUCUCAUGCUUCAUUGUGGAAAUUCAAUCAUACUAUCUUCAUGAACUACUUUGUGUGCGUGCUGACCAAUAUUUCUAGAUAGAAUGACUGAGAAUUUUGAUUGGACGAGCUAAUGAUGUUGCAUAGCUGUAGUUGUUCAAGUGUUACUGUAUUAUCUGUGGCAAGGAGAAGAUAGUGAUGUUAUGCACUUGUGCUAUAGUAUUAUCUGUGCCAAGAGCUUGAAUCAUCUGGGAACAUCUUCCACGCUUCUAGAUCCUAAAAUGACUCCAAGAACAAGUCGAGGUCCUAGAGCUCAGAAGUCUAGAAUUUCUUCCAACGAAGGCCCAAAUUGGGUUCUGAUUGCUGGGGGUGCAUUAUUGAGCACCCUAUCAGUUCGCCUAGGUUACAAGCUGAAACAAGUGUUUGACACAAGGCAGCUGAAGGAUAGUGGCAGUUCUUUAACAGGAAAUGUGAAAUCUUCUGACAGAAGAAAGGCUGCUGGGUGUCGUUGCUCGAAUGUAUAUUCAUUUACACGAGGUGAUGAAUGUUGUUUCAACUGUAUGCCAGGGACGCAGUGUACAACGGAUGUAAAGUGCCCACCUACUGACCAAAUGGUGGUUGAUUCUGAAAGCGCUCUUCCUUUGGUUAUGGUUCCUGCUUCUGAAUUCAACAAGGAGAACGGUGUAAUUUGGGCAUCAUCUCCUGACCCGCUCGAGUUGCCUGCAAAGCAAUUCCACCACUCAAACUGCUCAGAUUCACCUUGUGUUUCAGAGUCUGGUUCUGAUAUCUUCAGCAAGCGUGAAGUGAUUCAUAAGUUGAGGCACCAGUUGAAAAGGAGGGAUGAUAUGAUACUGGAAAUGCAAGAUCAAAUUGUUCACUUGCAAAAUUCUCUCAACGCUCAGGUAGCCCAUUCCUCCCAUUUACAGUCACAGCUUGAUGCUUCAAACCAAGACUUGUUUGAUUCAGAAAGAGAGAUUCAAAGGCUUAGAAAAGUAAUUGCAGAUCACUGUUUAGGGCAAGCAAGCCCCAAAGAUAAGUCACCUUCCGCGGUAAGAAGUUGGCCAAAUGAGACGAGAAACGGUCACGUAAAUGGCUAUAUGGAUGUCAAUUGCAAUUUUGAGCUAACUGAGAAAGUAAGAGAUGGGGAGAAGAUUGAGAUGUUGAAAAAGGAGGUGGGGGACUUGAAGGAGUUGAUAGAAGGAAAAGAAUAUUUAUUACAAAGCUACAAGGAGCAGAAAACAGAACUGUCUUUGAAGAUCAAGGAAUUGCAACAGAGAUUAGACUCUCAACUCCCCAAUAUUUUGUAGGAUAAUUCUAGAUUUUGUGCAUUCUUUGCAUGUCCCAUUUUCAAAGUAUGAUCUCAAUUCUUAUUGAGCACCAUCUUCUCUCUCCUCUCAUUUUCAGUUUCGGUUUCAGUUUUUGGUUGGUUAGUUAGUAUAGGGUUUUAGAUGUUUGGUGCAUUGUGUUCUUCAUUGGGGUGCAAUUUUAAGUAAGCCAUGAGUGAUAUAUUUGGGGUUGAAAAGACAAAGCUCUAGAUGUAGUUGGCCACUUGCUCUUUGAGGAAUGUUUGUUUUAUUGAUUGGUUUUCUCAUUUUCAAAAAUCCUCCCAAGUUUGUUCUGGGAAUGGGAGGUUUGGUUGUUU